UCAAAUCUUUGACGCUGCUUGCUCAUUGGAGCCGCUGGUGAGAUGUGAGCGAGGAGCGAAGCUUAAACUAGAAGAAUACAAGAAGUUAAAUAGACGCAGGUAUGGUGCUUGUCUUUUUUGGAAUUUUAACUUAUUUAAUUCUGGUGUUAAGAUCGAUUCCGGCGUGUGAGUCGGCGUUCUGUUAGUAGGAGCUUCAUGAGGAGAGGAGCGUUUGUAGGCGAAGAUUUCCAUGUUUAACCAUGAAGAGACAACACUCCCCUUCAGAGACUGAAAGUACCCAGUUGGGUGCGUGUGUGUUUUGCAAUUUGACGGAAGACUGUCCAGAAAAGUAUGGCGAGAAGAAGACCUACAAGGAGUACGAUAUCACCCUGCAUUAUUUCUGUCUUUUAAUGUCCAGUGGUCUGUACCAGAAAGGAGAAGAAAAUGAAGGUAUACACGGAUUUUUGAUCGAAGAUAUCAAAAAGGAAAUCAUUAGAUCCUCAAAGCUGAAGUGCAAGAUUUGUAAGAAGAAUGGAGCUUCUGUUGGAUGUUCAGUCAAAGAAUGCCGCAAGACCUUUCACUUUCCUUGUGGAUUACAAAAAGAAUGUAUUUUCCAGUAUACUGAUCUGUUCCCGUCAUUUUGUUGGGUCCACAGACCAGUUCAGCCCUUCAGUAUGCCCACUAAUUUAAGUGGUACAUUUACUUGUACUAUAUGCCUUGAAUUCAUCUUGCCGGUGCCAUCGUAUGGUGUGUUAAAGUGUCCCUGUUGUAGUAGCAGUUGGUUUCAUAGGGACUGUCUACAGCAUCAAGCUUACAGUGCUGGAAGAUGGUUUUUCAGGUGCACUCUGUGCAGCAACCAGGACACGUUUCAGGAGGAGAUGCUUAGAUUGGGCAUACACAUACCUGAGAAAGAUGCUUCUUGGGAACUGGAAGAAAAUGCUUAUAGUGACCUAUUGCAAGCAUACGAGCGUUGUGAUGUUCUUCAGUGUAUGUGUAGAAGAGGCAGAGAAUAUUCACAGAUGGACAGCCAGUGGGAAAUUAUAAGAUGCCAGUAUUGUGGUUCCAGGGGAACCCACCGCAGAUGUUCGUCUAUGCAGAGUUUUCAGGAAAAUUGGGUGUGCAUUGAAUGUGAAAAUAUCAUUCAUGAAUCUGGGCACAGCCUUCAUCCCUUGCCAACCACACCACAGCAGUUGAUCUCGCCGAAACGCCCAAGACUCUCGCCCAGGUUUAGCAGGAGUAUUUUAAACAGACAGCUGCAGUUUCCAAGAUCAGCUGCAGAAGUUUUGAAGGAACUCGAUCAGCAAAUAGACAAAAGUGCAACUACACUUUUCUCUGUUGACAGAAGGAGUGUACUUGAUGGAGCCCUGUGCACAUUAAGGCAUAAAACAUUUAAUCCUUACGCCCAAAUUGAAGUAAAAUUUACAGAUGCAAACUGUCUGUUUAAUAAUUCAAACAGCAGCUGCCGUGAAUUUCUAUGCUUACUCAUGCGUGAACUUGAACAUUCCUUAUUAUUUCAAGGAUCAUCCCUUGGCAAGAAUCUGGCCCUUGACUCUCAAGCUUUACAUGAAAAUUUAUACUACGAUGCUGGACGGAUAAUUGCCCUCUCCCUUGUACAUGGCGGCCCUUUACCUGGUUUCUUUUCCAGACUUUUAUUUGAUUGCAUUGUCUAUGGAUCAGAAAAAGCAGAGCCUUCUCUGGAGGACUUGUCUGAAGACUGCAUAUCAUUAAAGAUUAAGAAAAUAAAUGAAGCCCAGACUGAAGAGGAACUUCAGGCCUCUGUAAAUGCAGCAAGUGAAUAUUUGCUUAUUGCCGGCUGCUCUACAAAAGCCUGGACGUUGUGUGACAAGGACAAACUCGUUCAGCAGCUCUUGAACUUCCAUCUGAUUCUGAGGAUUCAAAUGCCUCUGCAGAGAUUCUGUGAAGGACUCAAAACUCUUGGGGUCUUGGAAAAAGUCCAGAUGUUCCCUGAAACUUUCUCUACGCUCUUCUGCCAGAAACCAGAAAAGCUGACGCCGUUAAAGCUCUGGGACCUUUUCACUGUUCAUUUUUCUCCCAAUGAAAAUGAAAGCGUUAAAGAAAACAACGUCUUUUGCUUCUGGAUGAAGUACUUGCAGGACUGUUAUGAUUCACAAUGUGCUGCAUCACUGGAGAUGAUUCUCAUUUUUGUGACUGGGGCGGACGCCGUCCCUCCAGUUGGUUUGAACCCGACUCCAUCCAUUGAGUUUCUGCAUAAUCGACACAUUACUCGGAGGGCUUUUCCUGAAGCUGACACACACUUAAACGUACUGAAACUGCCAGUUGUAAAAAAUUACAAGACGUUCGUAGCCAACAUGGAUUAUGCAAUCUGUCAAACUGUUUCAAUGUGAAAUGCUUGUCGUUUUUUAAAUUUGUAAAUAUCCUGGUUUCUCUGGACUGAGUCGACUCGGUGAGCGAGUGGAAAGAAACUCCAGUUUUAUACUUUGUGAUUUUUGUCAAGAAAAAAUAUUCAGCCUAAAUUUUUAUUGAACACAGUACACUGGGAUCCUAAUUUUGAACACUCUCCUUGCUGCAGUUGUGCUUUCUGGUGGCAACACAUGCUCAGUGCAGACUGCAACAGGAGGAAGGAGAACCAGAGAGGACAUUCUGCUGAAAUGUGCUGUUGAAAUGCUCCGCUUUGUUCGCCCUUUCAGUCUGUUUGGGGAUCUCCCGUGAAGAAAGACCGCCAGGCCAUUGUCUCUCCUAGCAGCCUGCGUCCCGUCGCUUCUACACAGGAGGUGUUUUUGAACUCCUGGUCCGUUUGCUUUGUGUCUAAUCUGAAGAGGAUCAACUACUUUUAAGUCUCCAGUUUCACACCAGAAACUUUCAAGCCGAGCAGAAGCCAUCAAUAAACACCCCUUGGUAUGUCAUGGACGACUUCUUUCACUGGGCAGAAACUUCCAAACCUCAGGAAAGAUCACCCGGAAAUGGCUAAGUGUGCAGCAUAUCUGCACCCCUGCGUUUGCAAGAACUGUGUUUUUGUUUACUAACUUCAGCCCAGUGAGAUCUUCCAGGCAAAUUUGUAUGUAUUUUUAUAUUAAGAUUGAAGAAUUAUGGACAAAAUAUUUCCCAUAAUGCACAGUAUUUCUUGUUAUGUCAGUCUUGUGACAAUUCAAAUUCAUAAGUCCUACUAACAGCUCCAGGGAUUGCUCAGUACCACAACAAGACCCUUUCCAAAAUGUCCCGGCCUUGUGGAAUUGGUGCGUUCACAUCAUCCAAAAUAAAAUCUGGAGUACAAGGAAAUCACUCCAGAAUUUAAAAAAAAAAAAAGCAAUCAAGUGUGACAAAGUCAAAGCCAGUUCAGAGUUCCACUGUUUUAUCUCAGAGCUACAACAAACAUUUGAAAAAUGGGGAGAUGAGAUAUCUUGGGGGUCGAAUUUCACACAAAUGUCUCGAUUUUAAUGUGCUUUCCCACCUCAGAAAUGUGUUUCAGGAGUUUUUGUACCAUUCCCACUGCAGGAAAUCUCACCAUUUGUAGUUCCUGGGGCAUCUUGUUUUUAUUUUUUCUUCCUCUUCCUCCAGGGGGUGUGUACUUUUCAUUCAGUGAUUCAACUAUUGUGGGUGGGGCCCGUGCGAUGAAUUGUGCUGAUUGGUUGACCACAAGCACUUGCCGCCAAAUUACAAAUCUGUUUCUAGUUUGGACUUUCGAAUUCUAACUUAUUGAUGAAGAUGGAGCACCGCAAUUCGCACUUCUCACCACAUCACUCUUCAUAGCCGCUUCCCGGGUUCUCCACGGUAAUGCACUGCAUCGAAGUAAUGAAUCUCCCCUGUGAAGUCACAAUCGCUUCCAAGCAAUAAGGUGCAGGGGGGUCUCAUGAUCUUCCCGAACGUGCCUCCUGUCACACCACAUCACUUUUCUUUGCACGUCACAUAUUUUGUAUAAAGGUUACAGUUUCUGCUGUGCGGUGGGAACACAACACAUGACAGUGGUCAGGGCCAACAUCGUACAGGAGCUCAUUGGUUCCUGUGGUGGGAAAACUCCUUUAUCCAAAUUGAUGAUCCAGUAUAACUAACCUCUGGCCUUAUUCCAGUGUCAUCAAAAAUGUUGUGGUCGUAUUGUAUUUGGAGUGUUGAGACGCUCAGUUAUGAUGUUUGUUAAGCACCCUGCCAAAGCUGCUUCAGUAGAACAGCAAGAAGCUCACAGGGCAACACAAGAAUUGUCAAAGUUACAGGCUGAGUCGACGACGGCAAGACCGAGAACCAACUGAUAAAGUCAAAACAGAAAAAACUUGGGAAGAAUUUGACAGCCUCAUAAUCCUGUCCCUAAAUAAUCCAUUCAGAUUCAUUGCGUACUUUAACGAUCCCUUAAAUCAGUGGUUACUAAACUUCUUUUUUUUUUUUCUUGCCUCCCAGUUUUGCCCCACUGCAUGCCCUCGUGACCUGUAAUCACUGUAAACCACAACCGAUCAUCAUGCCUUUCCCCGGACCAUUGUCCCCAGAUUGGGGUUUCCCUCUUUGAGAAUUGCUGCCAACUGUGGUCCAGUUCCCGAUUCAGGAAGACCCAUCGCAGGUCUCUUUCUGCAAACCAUUUAUGACCCUUUCCUCAUUCACUUCAAUUGCAAUUCACGAUUAGGGAGAUCUCUGGUCGCAACCCCCUAGUUUAAGAAACCCUGCCUUAAAUAGUCGCAGAAAUUAUGAUGUUAUACACAAGACUGGCACUUGGUGUCCCUGCCAACCGCACAGACAACAGUAAAGGCAAACUGAUGCUGAUUUGAUGUUGGCAGCAAAAGGAUAGAAGUGAUCAACACUAAAUAUUGACUAACCGCAUCAAAUCCCGUUCCCAAAAAUAAACUUGUAAGUGCUAAACAUUGACUCAUAACAGCCUUUCCUUAAUUUUCAUAUCAAAAAAAUAUGCUUCAAGUAUUUUAGUGCAAAUUAAACCGCAAAUUAACAAUCUUCACAAAACACCAACUGUAAAUGUACACGAGUGCCACAAAGCGGAAAGGAGAGCUGUCUUUCUGAAAAUAGCCAAAGUAUGCUAGUGCAGCAAAUGAUGCCACCGUAACGAUAAGAACCGCUCGAUGAUUUAAGUUAAACUCAAUAUUUAAGCUUAAUUUUCUUUUUUUUUUUUUUUUGGUUAUUUUUUUGAAGCAUUAAAAAUAGUAGCUGUUACACUUUAAACCUUUUGUUCAUUUAUGGCCGUGUAGCAGCAAAAUAUAAAUCAUAAAAAAAAAAA